UGGUGGUGUCACUCGGCCUCCCGGGAAUUGCCGAGCUGUUUUUGGCCGUUUCCUUCUCGGCUUCGAUGUAUUCCCGGCGGCCGCAGAGUUUUAACGAAGGGCUGAAUGCCCGGGGUUGCGAGGAUGUGACGGCGGCCACGGGCGGAUAUGCGAUCCAGGCAAGGUCAUGGGAGUGUACCGAUCCCUGGAUGGCUGAGAGCCGGUAUCGGGCGCCGGCGCUGGCGCCGGCACCGGGGCCUUGGGGGGAGAGGCCGGCACCAGCGGCGGCAACAACACCAGCCGGCAGCGCGGGGGCGGCUGCCCCAGAAUCGGCGGCCGGAUCCACUGAUCAGUUAAAUAGAUUUGCAGGGUUUGGUGUUGGUCUUGCAAGUCUCUUCACAGAAAAUGUAUUGGCUCAUCCCUGUAUUGUUUUUCGGCGUCAGUGUCAGGUCAAUUAUCAUGCAAAAAAUUAUCAUCUCACUCCUUUCACUGUUGUUAAUAUUAUGUACCGUUUCAGCAAAACUCAGGGCCUAAAAGGAUUGUGGAAAGGUAUGGGGAGCACAUUUAUUGUUCAAGGCAUAGCACUGGGUACUGAAGGCAUCAUCAGCGAAUUCACACCACUUCCCAGAGAGGUUUCCCAUAAAUGGAGUCCAAAGCAAAUAGCUGGUCACCUUGUACUGAAAGGGUUGACCUGUGCAGUGGCAUUGCCUUUUUACUCAGCUAGUUUAAUUGAGACCGUGCAGAGUGAAAUCAUAAGGGACAAUCCAGGAAUAUUAGAUUGUGUGAAGGAAGGUAUAUGCAGACUGGUGGGAAUGGGUGUCCCUCAUAGCAAGCGUCUGCUCCCUCUUGGAGUUUUAGUCUUUCCAACUGUCUUGCAUGGAGUGCUCCAUUAUAUCAUCAGUGCCAUCAUCCAGAAAUUUAUUCUCUUUCUUCUUCGGAAAAAGACACCGCAUCAGCUCCCAGCUGAUGCUUCUAAUUCUGUACAAACUGUGCUGGAUGCUUACUUCCCUGAACUUAUUGCUAGCUUUGUUGCAAAUCUUUGUGCUGACGUUUUGGUUUACCCAUUAGAAACAGUACUUCACCGCCUUCAUAUUCAAGGAACCCGCACCAUCAUUGACAACACAGACCAUGGUUUUGAAGUGCUUCCUAUUAACACGCAGUAUGAAGGAAUGAGGGACUGCAUUAAUGUAAUCAAGAAAGAAGAAGGUAUCUUUGGUUUCUAUAAAGGUUUUGGAGCAGUCCUAGUACAAUACACAUUGCAUGCUGCUGUGCUACAGAUUACUAGAAUUAUAUAUUCUACUUUGUUGCAAAAUGCUACCUAAACCAGGAGUUUGAAUGUCAUGGUAAAAAGCCCAUAGUCCAAGUUAUGAAAUUUUGUCAUGCAUGUUAGAAGCACUGUAAUCAAAUGCACUCUGUUGCUAUGAUUAAACUCCUGAAGCGGUAAACACUUCAUUUUAAAAAUCACAAGAAAUGUUUGUGAUAAUUGUAAAGGUGCCCAUGAUUUGUGUAUUUUAAUGUCAUGUAAAUGAAGCUCUUGCUAUUCUCAGUAUGGUUCUCCUUUUGGAAUAUCAUUUUCUGACACAAUACAGCAUCAAAACAACCUAGACUAAGCAAGGAAAAUGAGAUGUAACCAUGACUUUUUUCCUCUCUCCUUUAAACUCCCUCGUUACUUAAUUCAAAUUAUUUAUUUCAGGUGUUUUUUCAUCAUUUCAAUUUUUGACAAGCACCUCAAAUUUUAAUAGCAAGCUUAUUCCAUGUGGUUGGAGAUUUUAUACCGUCAGCUUUAUUUUCUGUAAUACUGAAUGUGUCAGAAGAUGAUGUGGUCAGGUCCAAUUCUUCAGUCCUAGUGGAUUUAUUUCUGCUGAAGAAUCUUAAAUGGUAAGAAAGGAAAACCACCAUAAUUUGGCUUUGGGUGUGGUUGAAGUUGUAGUGCUUUAUUAUUUGCUACACAAUGUUUUCAUUCACUUCGUAAAAUUUUGGUUGACUUUGCCAUAUGGGAUUUUAAUGGUCCAAGGUGUCAAGAAUGUGGCUUUAUUUUGUAUAUAGUUUGUUCCCUUUAACUAAUAUCGCAGUAUGAUUCAUAAAAUGAUGAGGUUAAUGAAGCUUGAUGCAGUCUACUAGUGCCAUUUGUAUUCCCCACUCAAAUGUUUGUUUGCUAUUUUUCUGCAGUAAUUGCUUGGCAAUUCCAUGAAUGAUAAUGUUUGCAAUUAUGAUAGAUCAACAAAGGAAAAAAAAGUCAACAUUGCCAGUUGCUCACAAGAUCUCAGUUUUAUACUUAAUAUCCCAUUAUUCAUGUCCCAAUUUUGAACAACACUCAUCUUUAGGUAAAAUCAUGCAAAUAAAUAACUUUGAAAUUACUGAAGUAGAAAAUACAAUUUUAAUUUAAAUCAUAAGUUACUGUAAUCCUGUGCAUCUCAGUUCACGUUUUUGUUUUCAUGACUAAGUAAUAACAAAUGGCAAAAUAAUUGUUUUCUGUAAACUUCAGUUUUUAAAUAUUUCUAAAGGUACAACACCUACUGAUAUUACAUUAAUCUUUCCUGCCAACAAUAGUAGUAAAAUAACCUUCAGAAGGAAUAGAAAGGGAGGAAGGAUAAAAUGAAUUAGAGGUAAUAUCACAGCACUAGAACAGAAGGAUUUAACUAUUCAAACAUAAUCCUUUUAAACUGAACUCCUGGAAGAUUAAGGGUUUGGUUACAGCAGUGCAACUAUAAGAGUCCUGAACAGUGGAAAGAAAAUUCUUAGAUCCAGCUCCAAUACAGUACAGUUUUCAUAUUUUGACAAGUACAUCAGGUACAGUCCAAGCAAAUUUCUGCACCACACUUAAUUUCUCCAGCUUCAUAAUUGACCAUCUCAACUAUUUCAUGAUGGUGGAAUAAUUAAACUUUAUAGCCUUAACAAAGCACCUACACUUUAGCAACUGGAUAAAACAUUGUAUAAAGCUGCUAUAUUGUAAAACCACCCAUCCGAUGAUUUACUGAAAGAGGCGUCAUGGGAGAUUUGCUAGUAUAUAGGUAUAUCUCAAUCAAGGCCACAUUGUUAUCUCUAGCUGGUGUAGUGUCAUCAAAGUACAGAAAGAGUGGCUGCUGUAACCUACAGACCUUGCCUCUGUUGUAAACAAAAUAUUCCAGAGUUUCAGGUGUAUUCUGUAGGGGUAUUCUUCAAUAAAUUUCUCAGAUCCAGUGAAAAUAUAUUCGAACAUAUCCACUCCUCUUUUGAAAGAGAGGAAUUCCUUACAUCUUGCUGAUUCUUAGAGUAUUAGACUUUGUAUCAAGCCACAAUCUCAUCUGAGGUAGAUGAGCAAACUUAAAGAAGGACUUUAAAAUAAAUUGAAUGGAGGCAGCGAGCACAGAAGAAUUAAAGGAGACACAGAGUGAUAUCCUGGUCUGUUCCAAGGAAAUACACUUAUUUGUGAUUGAUUUGGAAAAGAAAAAUUACUAUUCUGCUGUCAGGUUUUAAACUGUGAAGUAAACAGUCUAUUCUCAAUUGCAGAUGUAUGGCACUAAGAUUGGUAAAAUUGUUUUGCUCAAAAGCACAGAUCCUUGGAAUUAAAAAAAAAAUUGACCUGC